AAUAACAAGAACAAUAACCUGCUAUGAUAGUGUGGUUGGUAUAAAUUGAGAAACAACAUUAUACUAUCGUGUGUUUGGAGUGUAACUGAGGAAGCUAAGAAUAAAACAUCCCAAGUAAAGAGAAAAUGGGUGUCAUCACUGCCCACUGUUACUGUUUCACCACCGUUGGAUCACACAAACCCUACCUUUCUCCCUCAUCUCACAAUUUCCGCCAUUCCCCUUCCGUUUCUCUUUCUUCUUCUUCGUCGUCGUCGCCUUCACCACUCAGAAGAAUCUCAUGCCAAGCCUCUUCCGCUCCCGCCGCCGAAUCUACUCUCACCGCGAAAGUUGGAAAUGGGUUGAAAGAUUUUAUUCACAUAGAUGAUUUUGACAAGGAAACUAUUUUGAAGAUAUUAGAUCGAGCUAUUGAGGUGAAGACAUUGUUGAAAUCAGGGGACAGGACAUUUCGGCCUUUUGAAGGGAAGACAAUGUCGAUGAUAUUUGCAAAGCCAUCCAUGAGAACAAGGGUUUCAUUUGAGACUGGUUUUUCAUUGUUAGGUGGUCAUGCUAUUUACUUAGGACCCAAUGACAUUCAAAUGGGGAAGCGAGAGGAGACUCGUGAUGUUGCUCGAGUUUUGUCUCGCUAUAACGAUAUCAUUAUGGCCCGUGUUUUUUCUCAUCAGGACAUACUUGAUCUUGCAAAGUAUGCGAGUGUCCCUGUCAUCAAUGGUUUGACAGACUACAACCAUCCCGUCCAGAUAAUGGCUGAUGCCCUUACUAUGAUUGAGCACAUUGGUCGGUUUGAAGGAACCAAGGUUGUCUAUGUUGGAGAUGGGAAUAAUAUUGUCCACUCAUGGUUGUUGUUGGCAGCUGUAGUUCCUUUUCACUUUGUUUGUGCGUGUCCAAAAGGUUUUGAACCUGAUGCGAAAACUGUUGAGAAGGCAAGGAAGGCUGGAAUCAGCAAGAUUGAGAUAAGUCAUGAUCCGAAAGAAGCUGUUAGAGGAGCUGAUGUUGUGUAUUCAGAUGUCUGGGCCAGCAUGGGGCAAAAGGAAGAAGCUGCAUAUCGUCGUGAAGCGUUUAAAGGAUUUCAGGUGGAUCAGAAUCUUAUGGAUGCGGCUGGUUCCAAGGCAUUUUUCAUGCACUGCUUACCAGCGGAAAGAGGGGUGGAGGUGACUGACGAAGUUGUUGAAGCUCCAUAUUCAAUAGUCUUCCCUCAAGCUGAGAACCGAAUGCAUGCACAGAACGCUAUAAUGCUCCAUGUACUUGGCAAGUAGAGCUGGUUAGAUGAUAAAUUGGUCUGAGCAUUGUUGGUGUACACUUGCAAUAAAUUGUUUUAGAUGUUAGACUAGUGAUUCGCAUGUAAUAGUCGGUUUUAUGCAUUCGGGAGCAUAUAAAGUUGGAACAUGAGUUGAAUUUUGUAUGAUCAAGGUGAAGCUAAAUCUUUUGGAGAUGCUAGUAUGAAACUCAGUUUUCCCAUUUUAAACUAUGACAGUAUGUCAUUUUGAUUUGAGGCA